AUGUCAGGCAUAAACUCGGUGGUUACCGUAUUUCAAAAUUUGUUCACAAAUCAUGGGUCAACAUUUCUCAAUGUGAUUCUCGUUGUCACAACGAUUGGCGGACAAUCGAUAAUACGGAAGUUGACCUUUUCCUGUCCAUGCGCAUACCCGCUAAACGUGACGCACUCACUGGUGUUCAUGGUUGGGCCUUCCGUGGCGUUGUUUGUUAUUGGAAUCGUGUUGAACUCAACUACUUGGAAGAUUAUGCACGGCACGUGUUUCAGAGUUAACGAAACACGCCACUCUUGGUCCACAUUGAUGGCAUCAUGGGUGCAAGUUAUAGCACAGGCUCUAAUUGCCCCCACUGCCUGGCUAUUCGUUGUCUUCUUGGAUGGCGGGUACUACCGUUGUUUAUUUUCACAUAAUUACUGCAGUUUGGAAACAGCAAGACAAUGUCAAAACACAACAGUUCUAGAGUAUUAUCGAAGCAGUAGUAAUUUCAACGGGAUGUCAGGUGGAGGGAAGUACUGUCCUCAUUGCAUCUGCAACUUGGAAGGAUCAGACGCUUCAUAUCUCGAUGCCGUUUCGCAGAUCUAUGCAUGGUUUAUACUAAUUUCCUUCGGAGUAUCCACCUUCUUAGUGAUUUGCUUUAUACGGAUGUGCGACAAGUAUACCUUCGUUCAGCACCAGUAUGUGGAGACCUAUAAAAUGGAGGAGAACAACAAGUUCGAGCUGGUUGCUAAGGAACACGCAUCACAGCUGGCCGAGCGUAAUGCCAGAGCAUUUUUCAAUCAAAAAGACUGGUCGAAACGCGAUUGGGAUUGGGUGUCAGGCGUAGCUGAAAUCAACAAUCCGAUGUUUGCGAGGUUGAGGCUGAUAGCCGCGGAGAAGACGAAAACUACCAUGUACACUCCACUACAGCUUUGGAACGACCACAAGGGUUAUCGUAUACUCAAGCCGGAAGUGUUGACCGUCGACGAAACGCAAACAGCUGGUGUGAUAGUUCCUGCAGAAAUCGACGCGAAACUUGAAUAA